AAUAGUCCCCGAAGACACGGCACGUACGAUUGGGGAUAGCUAGUAGCUACUGGACGCAGUCCAAACAUAGCACCCAAAAUUUAGGCAAAUCGGGCCCUUCCAAAUGGGCCCCCACCGGGCCCAACCCGUCCCAUUACCCGGCCCAAUACUCCUCCUCCCUUCUCCCCUUCAAAAAUCACUUGCUUGUCCCUCUCUCGGCUCGUCAAACGCCCUUUCUUCUUCUUCUGCUUCCCUCUCCUCCAAUGGAGUCUUCUCCGGACGACAUCGCCGACGACCUCCAGAGCCUCAGCUUCAAUUCCACGAACACCAACCGCAGCAUCAGCUCCGGCUCCGAGACUACUCUCACCGCCUCCUCCUCAUCCGUACACAUCCCUUCUAUUCUCAACAAGCCCCACGCGCCUUCUUCCGACCCUUGCUGGUCUGCUGUUAACCGGAUCCGAUCCGACUCGUCGUCUCGCCAACUCGCCUUCUCUGACCUUAAGUUCUUCAACCGCCUCGGUUCCGGCGACAUUGGCUCCGUCUACCUCGCUGGCCUCAAGUCCACUGGAGCCGACGGAUGCCUGUUCGCGGCGAAGGUAAUGGAUAAGAAGGAACUGGCGAGUCGGAGUAAAGAAGGCAGAGCAAGGACUGAGAGGGAGAUUUUGGAGUCUUUAGACCAUCCGUUUCUUCCGGCACUCUAUGCUAGUAUCGACUCGCCUAAGUGGCUCUGUCUCUUGACGGAGUUCUGUCCCGGCGGUGACCUUCAUGUUCUCCGGCAACGGCAGCCUAACAAACGAUUCGAUGAACUCGCCGUAAGAUUCUAUGCAUCUGAGAUUGUGGUUGCUAUCGAGUAUCUUCACAUGAUGGGGAUCGUUUACCGUGAUCUCAAGCCUGAAAAUGUGCUGGUACGAUCGGACGGCCAUAUCAUGCUCACUGAUUUUGAUCUCUCCUUGAAGUGUGAGGAUUCAACGGCGACCCCACAGGUUAUCAAUGCUAAAAAUCCGACAAAUGGCACCGCCCUGCCAAAGGACUACCAAAUUGAUGCCCCUCCUUUUGCAUCAUCCUCCUGCAUACUUCCAAACUGUAUAGUCCCCGCCGUGUCAUGUUUCAACCCAAAACGCAAGCGCAAGAAGAAGUCUGGUCGACGCAAUGGACCUGAGUUUGUUGCCGAACCGGUCGACGUCCGGUCAAUGUCAUUUGUUGGCACCCACGAGUACUUGGCACCAGAGAUUGUCUCCGGUGAGGGCCAUGGAAGCGCAGUGGACUGGUGGACUCUAGGGGUGUUUGUGUUUGAGUUGUUUUAUGGAGUGACGCCCUUUAGAGGCAUGGACAAUGAGCUCACCUUGGCCAAUAUAGUGGCCAGAGCCCUUGAGUUUCCUAAAGAACCGGCAGUGCCAGUGGCGGCAAAGGACCUUAUUUCCCAGUUACUGGUCAAAGACCCAGCGAGGCGGCUGGGGUCAACGACAGGGUCGUCGGUGAUCAAGCACCAUUCAUUUUUCCAAGGGGUGAAUUGGGCAUUAUUGAGAUGUACUACGCCACCAUUUAUUCCCCCACCAUUUAGUAGAGAAAAAGUUGCAUUGGAUGAAAGCUGCCCUGUGGCCCCAAUCGAGUAUUAUUAGUGGCUACAUUGAGCAAGAUUGGUUUUGUUUGGGAUUAGUAAUUAGCAGCCAGCGACAGUCGCACAAAUUUCCACGGCUUAUUCUGCGAGCACAUGGCCUUUGUAAAUCUAAAUGUGCAUAUAUUAAUAAAGCGCCAUUAAUUGGUUACAUAGGUUUAUGUUGUGACUAAGAGACAACCUCAGCCACAAUAGCUAGCUGGUUUAGAUUUCAGAGCUCUUAUGGUACUUGUACUACAUCUCCCAAUGCCUUUUGUUUCUAAUCCAAAAGUCAGCUUAACUGAGUGAA